UUUCGUUCGGUAUCAUUUUGAAGCCAAAAAGCAAAGCGUGUGACCGAGGCGCCAACUUUUGUGAAAACAGCAAUAACAAUGAUAAGGCUCCUCCCAUCUCCUUCGUAUGCUGAUAGCCACCAUGAAGCGAUUCCUGGGGCUUUUUCUCGCUUUUACCUUACUAGAGGCGGCUCAGAUUCCUUUGAAGGUCCCACACAGCGAGCUUUCUACCACUUUCAAUCUCGGAAACGAUGGUGAUACUUGGGAUAUUAGCAUCGCACCAGGCGAAAAUGUUACCGGGCACCUGGUUUUCGAGACUGUGAAUUCGCUUAUGCAGCACUGGCCAAAUACACGUUAUCGAAAUGGUCAUAGCAUUGUUCCAGGAGUAGUACCUUCGGGUACAGUGCUUUAUCAUGGCCGUGGAGACGCUAACACCCCGACUAAUCCUGAAUGGCUCGCCACAGACCCCGAACAUUCGUAUAUGUUUUGUCGUGGGCAAACAGCAGACUCUGGAUGUUGGCAACUUAUGGUUACGGCUAUACGUCCUCUGAAAGUACUCUACCUGGACGGGAGUGCUGCGGCAAAGAUGCCGGACGGGGUUAUGGACUCCCAGGACAUUCUAGCGUAUGGCAAGGUUGUACCGGAAAAGUAUCGUGGGGAGCGGGAGAGAAUCAACAAUUUGUGUGAGUGGACGAAGGAUCUUGAUGUCGAUGGGUUCGUCAGGAUGGAAAUGGACUUUGAAAUUAUGCUCUGCGAUUUCACUCAAGGUGUUUUGGUGGAAGCAAUCAAUCUUCGUUCUCGAUCUAGAGGCGGCCCUGGACCAGGAGGUCCUGGUAGGGGUCCCGGUGGCCCUGGUGGUGGUCCCGGUGGUCCUGGCCGCCAUUUGGAAGAACUAUUGCCUCCUCCAGAAAUCCAUCCUCAUCAUGAAAGUUCCUACACCCGAAAAGCCCACGUCAAUUCCUCCGCUUUCCCUAAUAUCGGCUUCUCAGAAAGCACCAAUUCCGGCUCUUGGCACAGAUACUAUCCGGGCGAAACCCGUAUUCAACUUGACCUUACCCGUCUGGUCUCCUUCUACGACACUGACCUUGUUCCCAGUCUUGUUGCUGAGCGAUACGGUAAGGAGCGAAUCAGACAUCGUUUGUUGGGCAUUUCUCCGGAAGAUAUCCACACUGUUGUGCGAAAGGUCGAGGAGCUGAUUGCGGUAUCCGAAGCUGGGAGUGGUAUCGACUGGGCUACUCUCAUUCGCUUGAUCGUAAAACGCUACUCAGAGCGUCUAGAGAUGGUUCAGUAUAUCUUGAACUCAACGAAUCCUGCUAAUUCAGCUGCGGAGAACAAGGUUCUCGCAGAAAACAUUCAAGUCCAACUUACUGCGAUGCUGCAACCAUAUAUGCUUUUUACAAUCAAACCACCUCAGAAUUCCACUUCCACUAAUUGGGUAUCGCCUAUGUACGAACUCUGCGCAACGACUUACACGAACUAUAUCACUACGUCUUCUCUUCAUUCGCGUCUCACCGCUUCGGAGAAUCUGAUUCUGGAUGGCGUUCAAAAGACAACCAGGGAGAUAUGCCGAGUUGUAACAGGGAUGUGGGUUGACGGGAUAAUGUCUGGGCUGGAACCAGAUUUCUAUAAGUCUUCGGCAACAGAGAAUGACGGCAACGUAGACCUCGCACCGUUAUUAAACUCCUGGAAGGAGCGUAUCUUCGGGCUUAUGAAGUGGUUAGAUUGGAGCGUCUGGUUAAAAUGUCGACCUGCGUGUGGAUUCGAGGAAAUGUGCUAUCUUCCUAUGUGGCCGUUUAGACGAGGGUCCGAAGAUUCAGAUGAUCCUCAACCAAGAUGUGAGCGCAGGAUGGCGUCUUUAGAAGCUCAAGGUUUCUGAUGUGGAUGUACACUACAUUCACAACUUCUAUCUAUUUUCAUAUCUCCGUGAUCAAUUGUAUCUCCUAUGUAUCCCAGAUUCACGACCUUGAAUAACAAGUUAUAAAGAAACGUGUCUGAGCGCUCUAUAGCAAUAGACCAUCUUGUGUUCAUGAAGGAAACAUUAGACAAGAUAAGACAACACCCGACUAGGGAUUAAAUGGAGUGCAUUGGCUUUCUCUCCAGACAGCUCCAGACCCGUCAAAAGAACGCAGUCAUGUAAGGCGGGUUGGCGGGAUAACUUGUCGUGGGAUCCCGCUCUUUCGCCCAUUGCCGAGUUGGCCAAAUAUAGACAUGCUUGUAC